AUGAUAACCGUAACACUACCAUCAUUCUCUUUUUCCGUUAGUGCUCAACAGGCGGACUGUACAGCGACGUCUCUUUCAACAACCAAAGUCUAUUUUCGCAACCUCGCCUGGCGCCACAAGAACAAGACCUGCAGCCAAAAUGUUUCCCGAAACCCAUCUACUCCUACAGCUGUUUGAUUGCCAUGGCUCUGAAGAAUAGCAAAACCGGGAGCCUUCCAGUCAGCGAGAUCUAUAGCUUUAUGAAGGAACACUUUCCUUAUUUCAAGACGGCCCCGGACGGAUGGAAGAAUUCCGUUCGACACAACCUGUCUUUAAAUAAAUGCUUUGAGAAAGUGGAGAACAAGACGAGCAGCUCAUCCCGAAAGGGUUGUCUGUGGGCGCUGAAUCCAGCCAAAAUUGACAAGAUGGAGGAAGAGAUGCAGAAGUGGAAACGCAAGGAUCUCCCCGCCAUCCGCCGCAGCAUGGCGAAUCCAGACGAGCUGGACAAACUGAUCACGGACCGCCCAGAGAACUGCAGGCGGAAGGCAAUCGAACCAGUCAUGACCCGGCUGCCCAGCUGCCCAACGGGCCUUUCGCUGACGGCCCAGAUGCAGCAGCCCCAGCCCAUUGUGACCCUCUCCCUGCCGUGUUUACCGAUGCACCAGCACCAUCAGAUCCAAGCCCAGCUGCAGGCCCAAGCCCGCUCUGCACCGAUGUCCCCGGCCCCAGCCCAAACCCCUCCCCUCCACGCGGUGCCCGAACUCUCCCAUAGUCCGCUAACUCAGCAACCCAGCAAGCCCCCGGACGACUUUUACAGCGUUCACGUUGAUAGCCACACAGAGGUGGAUGCACUGGAUCCCAGCAUCAUGGAUUUUGCCUUCCAAGGUAACCUGUGGGAGGAAAUGAAGGACGAAAGCUUUAACCUGGAUGCAUUGGGCACCUUCAGUAACUCCCCACUGCGACUAUCAGACUGCGAUUUGGCGACCAGCCUCCCUCCUCCUGCCUCCAGCGGAGCAAACCUGCCGCUGUCAGACGUCCAAGUGACGGGCCUGUACACUUCGUACACAUCACAGGAGACCCUCUCCUCCCAGUACAUGGGCUCACCGGCCAGCAGCAAACCCAUCAUCCUUCUUUAGAGCAAUACUACUCUUCAACGGAGAUGACUUUUUAAGGAUGCUAUCUGACGGGAUACCAACCGAAGACAUUCUUUUGUACAAAUCAGCUGGGAAAUUUCAAAAAUAGGAGUUUGUGAAGUCCACAAGAAAACUGUUCACUA